UAACCGUUUUUUUGUACUGUCUAGUUAAAGAUAAUGUAAAAAAUGAAAAUUUAACUUAACUUGUCCUAAUAUAUUGUCUUACAAUUUAUGGUUUCACCAAAGAAAAUAUGAAUUUCAUGUCGGACGUUUAAAAGACACUGCUUAAAAAUUCUUAAUUUAAAUGAACUAAAUUUUAUCAGAUUUAUCUUCAAUAAUUUUAAUUAAAUCAGCAGUCAAUUACUUGAUAAUGGGUGAGUUGAAGAAAAUUUUUCUUCUAAUACAGAAUGAUAUUAACCAAGAUAAUUUGAAAGAAGCUCUCAAUACUUUUAACAUUCAUUACAACAAUGUCAAAGAUAUUAAGGGAUUUCAAAAUUUUGCAGUUAGUAUAGUAAGUGUGUUGGCUCAAAAACUUCAAUCUGAAUUUACUUCUACCAACCAAAGUAAGCAGUUUGGUAAAAAUACUAAUGAUGUCAUUCAAUUUUCUGAUCGAUGCUUUAAAAUGAUCAAUUUGUCUGAACUGCAACCAAUACAAAAUAGUUUAUAUGUUAUUGUCAAAUAUUUACUUAUGAAUAAUCAUGUGUCUGAAGCUGUCCAUUUUAGUAAUUAUUUUUUAAAUAAUUUAUCUCCACCAUGUGAUAUACUGAAAUACUUAGUUCAGUUAUUUGCACAUCAUAUUCAUAAGACAUGUCCAAUUGAUGAUGAUUUAAAAAAGUUAAAUGUUAUACUGAUGUGGGAUGCUGCAUUAAACCUUGUGAAAUGCCAUACUGGAAAAGAAAUUGAGUAUGCAUUAUCUUCAUCACUAACACUUGUUAAAAAUAUAAAUGGAUUAAUAUUACAUGAAGGCCGUACUAUGGACGUAGUUAUUUUGGAUAUGACUUUAGAAUCAGUGUUAUCUUCUAGUGGUAUUCGAAAAAAAAAUGAUCAAGAAUGUAUGGUGAAUUUAUACUUUAUGUUAAUUGAAAACAUUGUUGCUGUAAUGCAAAACAUGAUGCGUCACAGACAGAUGCAUGUACAUUACUUAAUCAAGCAUAUCAAAUUAAUGAUUGAUGUUUGUUGUUUGAAUAAAACUGAAAAAGAAUCAUUGUCAUUAUUGAUAUCAUUAUUCAAAUUUAUUGAUAACUCUAUUAAAAACGGUCUUGAUUCAAAUUUUGAACUUCGUAAAAUGAUAACAUUUGUUGAAAAGUAUGAACCAACAAUGAUAUUACCUAACACAAUGUUACAUCAUGUGUUUAAGUCUGCCAUUAUUACAAUUACAAAGUUAAAGAACUUUUGGAAUGAAGGAUUGAUUAUUAAUUCUCCUGAAACAGUCUCACAAAUGCUUGUAUUGCUACACCAUUUAGUUUACAUAAGUAAACACAGUUCAAUUAGUCAGAUAUGUUGUAAAAGCAACGGAUGUGAUCUCAAAGAGGAUUCAACAUCUGAAAUGAGUUUGAUUAACAUAGUGUUUAUCAUGAUACGACACAUAAUUAAUGCUAAUCAUACAUUCAUAAAUACCGAAGAUGUCUUAAAGUGGAUGGAAUUGUUCACUUCUUUAUUCGAUAGAGUUAGUAAAUCAAAUUGCUCAAACAAAAUUGCUUUCAUUGAAUUUUCGUUAACAAGUGCUUAUAAUCUUUGUAUUUUUACAUCAUCCGGUGAAUUCUCACAUUUAUGCUUAGAUUUCCUUGAAAAAUUAUAUUCAGUAUUUGACCCUUGUGGAAUUGAUUCAGAACUUGUGGCUCGUGUUGCGAUUCUACUGAGUCGAUGUUUAUACAAUAAAAAUAAAAAUAAUGAAGCUUUAAGUUGUAUUGCAUAUUGGUGUGUGCGUACUCGUUCUGAACUUGCUGCCCAACAAUGGGUUUAUCUUAAAUGCAAAGAGGAGAGAAAUAAUAAUAUUAUUAAACAAACAAUUUUGAAAACAUUUGAAAAUGAUAUUGAUCUAAAAAAGAAAUGGCCCGAUUAUAGUUUGAAAAAAUCUGAUUGCAUUGAAAUAAUGUGGUUAGAAUUAAAAGCCCAUAAUCAUCAAAAUAAAAUAAAACAAGAUUCUACUGCUGUGUUGGAACUAUUUGAAGAAUUAAUGGGUGAUAAACUGUCUAGAGAGUUCAAAUGUCGUGUCAUAAUUACUACAGCUUACAUAAUCCUGCAUUCAAAUAGUAUAAGAGGUUUAAAAAGGGUAAUUGAUGUACUAGAGGACUACAUUCGUAAACUAGAAGUGGAAACAUCAAUGGAGAAAAAAAGUAUGCCGUUGAUGUUAGGUAAUUUAUAUUAUGCAAAUUACCUGUGUUUAUUAAAACAUUUGCAAAACCUUGUCAAUAAAGAAUUGGAUUCGUAUACUGAAGAGAGGUUAGAACACGGUAUGGAGCAACAAAAUACUAUUCAAUAUGAACCUAUAUCUUGGAUAUUGCCAUUAAAAAUAAAACCUAAACUUGUCAAUUGCUUGAAUUGGGCUGUUAAGUAUUGGUCUGCUUUAAUAAAUGAUACAAUCAAAGAUAAUCACGAUGUCAAAUUACUUUUUAAAAGUAUUCAAGAAGUUGCUUUUAUACUCAAAUUGCAUGGUGAUUCAAAAGAAGUGAAAGUGUGGCAACUUUUAUAUAAGUUAGCUUCUAAUAUAAAGUGUCAAAAACAUAUUUUUAUAGCACUUACAGAAUUAUUAAAAAUUAACGAGAUAGAUAUUUUUGAAUUAACUAAUUUAGCUAAACACUUGCCUAAAAUGGAUAUUGAUUAUAAAUUAGCAUUAGCAACUUCUCUUUUAAACAAAUCAAAAUUUAGUGAUGCACAAGUAUUGCUAGAGGGUAUCAAUAACAAUGAAUUGAACAAUAAUGUUAUAUUAAUGGCAGAAUAUUCUUACCUUAAAAGUCGCUUGUGCUUUGAAUCUGGAAAAUUUGACAAAAAUAAAUGUCUUUCUAUAUUUAUUGAAGCUUAUAAUCUUGCACAUAGUCUUAUCAAAAGGCUCGAUUACUUUUAUGAAUAUUUAGCAAUGCAUUUCGUAAUAUUGAGCAUAUGUUCGUAUUUGAAUUUAAUCUAUAUAAAUACUUUUAAACCUGUUGAAGCUCGCUGUUUUUUGAAGGUUCAAAUGAAUAUUGUCCUUAAGUCUGCCUUAACUAAGAGAGCAUUAAAUGUAUUUUUAAUGAACUGCUGGAAUGAAUUGAUGUGCUGCAAUUUUGAAAAUGCUAAUGGACAAUUAGAACAUGUAAUGACUUUACUGGAUUUUAAAGAAGAAGAGUUGGAUUUUAAAAUGCAAAAAUUAACUGUAAACUACUCUCCGAACAGAUAUUCUUCUCCAUUGUCAGAUUAUAGAUGCUCCCAAAUCCCUAGAAUAAAUACAAUGGCAUCACCUUCCUUAAAACGAUUGAACAAUAAACUUGCACAAUUGAGUAUUUCUGAAUUUUGUGACAAGGCUAUAAAUAGCAAUGGACCUUUUGAUCCAAUAGUUAUGCAUUCUGUUAUUGAAGCGUGCAUUCUUAAAGCUGUUUACUGUUCUAAAGCCAAUCAACAAAAAUUAGCCGAAUAUUAUUUUAAACAUACAUUUAAAUUAUUAGAAUUGUCUCUACCACAGUUCAAUAAAAAUGAAGUAUAUAACAUCUUAACAGUUAGACAAAAAACUUUAGCCAAGUAUCAUUAUGCAGAACACCUUGUUCUUUUCAAUGAUCUAUCUAAGUCAAUGGUUUACCUAAAAAAAGCUAAAGAAUCUUGCCAUGAUGAAUGGUUGUCAAUGUACGUGAAUGAACUAAUUAUUUCACUUAAAGUUGAUAACAUCAUGAGUUAUGCUAUCUCAAAUGUUAAUCAUUCACCAGUGGCAGAAUCUCAGAUUAUGCAAGAAUUAAGGACACCAAAGGCUACUAAACCGAGAGUUAAUACAAGAUCUCAAGCAGUUCCAAGAUUUGUUACUCCAGCUGUAAGAAAAUUAAGGAUGACACUAGAAAGUCCAAAUUCAAGACAAAAUAAAAUAAAAUCACCUUUGAUAAAGGGGACUGAAAAAAUUAAAAAUGAUUCAGCUGUUAAGAAGAAAAUUGGAAAAGAAAACAUCAUGAAGUCUACAACAAAGCAAGAUAGUGAAAUAAAAGUUAGGGAGAAAAGAGGUACAAGUAAAAAAGAACACACUGAACAACCGCCAUCAUUAAUUAUUAAAAAGCGUACCAAUAGAUUAAAUAUUUAGAUUUAAUUAUAAAUUUUGUUCCAUGUACUAUUUUGUAAUUUUUAUUUGAAAAUAAUGAGUUUAGUGUUAAUGUUAUUUGAAUUUUAACUAUAAACAUGUAGUAAUUUAACUAGUACAUAUUUUUUUAAAGAUUAUUUUUAAUGUAUUGAAUUUAAAUGAAAAUAAGAUAAAUACAUUUUUAUAGUUGUAUAAAUUAAAUAAAAAUUAUAACAUUUCAAAUA